AUGGCCCGAUCAAAUAUAGAAAUCGGACUACAACGCGGUGCCAGGGCGUCGUUGCUACUAUGCGUCGCUAGCAGCUUGACGACCAGGCUACUGGGGCCAUCAUGGAAAACCCUCACUGGGACGACACUGGCUACGCUGUCGAUUGGCUUUGCGCUGUCGAGGCCGCAAUGCCGCACCGUCGACUCAAUCGCAGCAUCCCACGCCCUCUUCAUUUUCCUCGUCAUGUCUCUGAUUCUGUCAAGAUGGGACGCUCUUACCACCCUCUUUGCAAUCUUCGCCGCGACGCGCAUGAUUUUUUCUGUAGGAGAGUACUUUCAGGGAAACCAGGUGCUGUCAAGACGGAACCACGGCCUCUCUCGGUACACCGGAGGCUUCAUCACGUUGUUCGGCACCAAAUUGAAAAGUGCCAAGCAGGUCCGGCAGUGGUGGCUCAGGAUGCCUGCAGUGAUUCUGGUCAGUGUGCCGUUCUUUAUCUGCAUCUCGGCCCUGGUGACCUGGAAUAUGAUGCAGGAGUUGCCAUACGCGGAUUGGCCCUGGUUUCGUGGAUUGGUUCGAGAGCAGCGCUUGCGCGCGAGGUCCUGGACAAGAUGGCGUUAUGCAGGACCAACCUAUGUCCACCCGCCCAUGACAAAAUGUUCUCAAGGCAGAAUACGGCUCUUGAAGCUGUGGCCACGUUGGCCAUUGGGUGAGAUACGGUGCGAGCUUGUCGAAGCAGACAUGGGCACCGCGGACUGCCCAGCAUACGAGGCAAUCUCGUAUCACUGGGGAUCAGGUAAACCUACCGAGCCAGUUUAUAUCGACGGUAGAGUUUUCCUUGUAUCACCCACCGUUCUUGAAGUGCUCUACCAACUCAGCAGCUACCACCAAACGCGCUAUCUCUGGAUCGACUCCAUAUGCAUCAACCAGCGAGACAACGAUGAGAAAGGAUCUCAAAUCACCCUGAUGCGAGACAUAUAUCGCCACGCCCGAUGUGUGACUGUGUGGCUGGAUGGGAUACCGGAACCCUGGGAGGCGCGUAAGAUGCUUGCCGGGUUGUGGCACGAGAUCAAAUUUGGAACGACAGAGAGCGCAACAGCCAUGUUACGAAAGUACUCGGAGGAGUGGCAGGAUGCCGGCUGGGACCAGCUAUGUGCCGUCUUCUGCCACCCCUGGUUCUUCCGGAUUUGGGUGAUACAAGAGGUGUCUUCAGCUGUGCAGCCGGAAGCAGUCACGAUCCUCACGCCGACGACCACACUCAACUGGUCGAAUAUGGUCUUUGUCGCCGAGAGCCUAAACUCCUCGCCCUUAAACAUUGCUUUGCAAACCACGGUCGUGGCGCCAGAGGCUUUGAAACUGCCCGUGGGGUUGUUACAUGCCGUCUUUAUGGGUUAUCUCGGAAUCGUGGGGCCGCAAAGUGCCUCGAGGCGGUUGCCGGCUCUGCUGGGAAUGGUGGAAAGCUACGGUGCCACCGAGCCGCUGGACUUUGUGUAUGCUUUGCUCGGGCUCUUGGAUCCCGAAGAUCCGGUUCACAGUUGGCUCAAGCCAGAUUAUAGCAAGAGUGCUGAAGACGUAUUCGCAACAGUUGCACGUGGCCUGAUUCUGAGUUUGGACGAAGGAAAGAGCUGCAACGAAACAUUGUCGUAUGCCGGGAUCGGGUACAAAAAGAACCUCGGGGCCGGACUGCCGAGCUGGGCCCCAGACUGGACAAGCCAGGGCCUGCGGGCGGGAACUUGGACAUACCAGCAACACUUCAAUCGCCCCUCCCAUGCGUUUCAGUUCAACGCAUCAGGCGGAUCGGCACUUGACGUGUCUUUCCCGAGCCACAAAGCGAUGCGCAUGCGAGGCACCCGGUUCGACCGUAUUGCCCACGUGGGACCAAUCUUGAAAUACGUCGAGCACUACGGCCCAGAGGUAGACGAGGCGACUUCAACAGGCGACAUGCUCAUAAAUCACUUUCGGUCCCGCAUCUUAGUAGUCUCCAAGGCACGAAGGCCGUACCCCACCGGCCAGAGGCUGCACGAGGUCUUCUGGCGUUCCUGUGUUGGAGACACGCAGUUUGCCCGUCCUGCGCCGGAUUCUCUUGGGUUAGCGUGCCGAGUUUGGGAGAUGAUGAUGAUGCGCUAUUUGUGCGUGGAAGCCACACAGAGCAACAAAGCCGCCAUGGAAGCGCUAGAGAAGCUUCAGGAUGUAGUGCAGGGAUUGCUGGGUGAGGAAGAAGAGACUGGGGUAGGCGGGCUGCUGCAGCUACUCGGGCUGGUUACUUCAGACUCGGCAGUUACAAAGGAUGAAAUGCUGCGGACGGCAAUGGAGUGGAAUGGUGCGAGGAUGAUGUGCUGUGCUGGGCGGGUAUUAUGCGUGACCGAGAACGGUUGGGUUGCUUUCUGUCCGCCGGAUACGCUUGUCGGUGACGUGGUUUGCAUUUUUCAUGGUGUCGGGACGCCGUUCCUGUUGCGGAAGACUUUAGAUUCCGAUUCUGCAUCGAUGGAGCUCGUUGGUGAGGCGUAUGUGCACGGGGCCAUGGAUGGGGAGGGGGCUUCCUACAGCCAACCUGAAAUUUUUACUGUUGUCUGA